AUGAUCCCAUCUGUGAUGGCCUUAAAAUGGUUCCUGAGCAGAGAUUCCCCAUCAGAUCAUGGUGUGGGCACCACAAAAGCCGAACUGCUGAGAGCUGUAACCCGGAGAUUUGAUGGGAUUGAAAACGAGCCCCUCUACACUUUGGCUACUCUAUUAGACCCAAGGUACAAGGAUCGAUGCUUUUCUGCAGAGUUGAAGGCACACACACGGGGGCUGCUGUUAGAUCUGCUGGCUACACAGAAGGGCCCUGAUGAAGGACAACAACCUGGAGACAACAACAACACAGAUGAGCCAGCUGAGAAGAUGCCACGACCUGGUUCCUUGUCAUCGAUGUUGGGUGAGAUCAUGCAAGAAGAAAGGCCACAGCAGGCCACUGCAGCAAUGUCUCAGUUGAAUCUCUAUCUGUCAGAGCCAGUCAUCUCUCGAGAUGCUGACCCACUGGCUUACUGGAGAGCCAAUCAGGAUCGCUUUUCUGCCCUCACCAUUGCUGCAAGAGCUUACCUGUCAGCACCCUGCACAAGUGUGGACAGUGAGCGCCUGUUCAGUGCUGCAUCCAACAUCCUGGAUGAUUGA